GUUAGUGAAAGCCAGUGCUGUGAAUGUCACCAUUAAUGUCCUUUCCAAACAAACUAGUGCCGUCUGCUCCUUCCACUGGAUCGCUCAAUGCCUUUGCCGAAGAACUGUCCCCUUCUGUGUCCGGACCGAAUUCUGACCUCAUGGGAGCAUCCUGUUGUGCUGUCCCUGAAUGCAGCCCAGUCGAUAAGAAGCUAACCGAGCCUCAAUGGGUGUCCGAAGACCUCGCAGUAAUAGCGCAGGCCACAAGGGGGAGCUCUGAGGGGAGUGAGGCCGACGCUAAAAGGGCUAUCAGCUUGGAUGCAACAGAGUGCUUGGAUGGGAUUAGCUUGGAUGCAUCUCUGGUCCGCAGUGCAGCGUUGGAAGACCUUACCGCUAUUGACCAAGGGCAAAGCAGUGAAAAUAUUGAAAGGAAUGAAUCAGAAGAUGCCAUAUUUGGACAACGCACUCAAAGCCUGUCAGAUACUAGCUAUUGUUCUGAACAAAUAGGGGAUGGUUCAGCACAAUUGCAUGAAGCCCAAAGUGAUUCUCCACCAACGCUACUUGACAAUGUGGAGGAAAAUAACUCCAUUGAUGGCUAUUCAAAAUCUGACCUUUCUAAUGAUUCAGAGAUGAUGGUUUUGGACAACACAGAGGCAAGACACACCUCUCCUGCUAGAAAGUCAAUGGUUCCAGUGGCAGUGUGCACAGCUCAAGCCAAAUCGGAUAGCCCCGCAGACAAGACAUACUCCUCCAUCCAAACGCCUCCCUCUCCCCUUAAACGACUAUCACAAAACUCAAAGAGCAAAUUACAGUCUCCUCGAAACGGGCACAGCUCCAUCCCAGUCAAAACCAACAGCUCCGAGCGAGUGCAGACCAGAAACGUGAAGACCCCAGCAGCGAAAACUGCAGCCAGAACUGCUCAACCAGUUAAUGCCAAGAAACCUCCCACUCCCAAAAAUGACAAAGAUCACAAGAGUGGACAGAGCAGCCCUGGCACCCCCAAGUCCCCUUCAAGCCAAGCACAGUCCAAAUCUGUGGCUGAGGCCAACAAAGUGAAAAAGGUGGCGGUGGUGCGUUCGACACCCAAAUCUCCAGGGUCCCUGAAGACGCGCCCCGGUCCUAUGGCGGCUGCCACUGGUGCUGCUGCACCUCUCCCGGACCUCAAGAACGUACGCUCCAAGAUCGGCUCCACAGAAAACAUUAAGCACCAGCCUGGAGGCGGCAGGGUACAAAUCCUUGAUCAGAAGGUGGACUAUAGUACUGUCCAGUCUAAGUGCGGCUCCAAAAGCAAUCUAAAACAUGUACCCGGUGGCGGCAAUGUUCAGAUCCUUGACAAGAAGAUUGACUUCUCCAAUGUCCAGGCUCGCUGUGGCUCUAAAGACAACCUGAAGCACACCCCUGGAGGAGGCAAGGUUAAAAUUCUUGAACAGAAGUUGGACUUUAGUAAUGUCCAGUCUAAGUGCGGCUCCAAAGACAAUAUCAAACAUGUUCCUGGCGGCGGCCAAGUUCAAAUUUUUGAUAAGAAGUUGGAGUUAGCCAAUGUGGGGUCGCGAUGUGGCUCCAAAGAUAAUAUAAAACACACUCCAGGUGGAGGCAAUGUUCAAAUUGUGCACAAAAAGAUCGAUUUGAGCAACGUCCAGUCCAAGUGUGGCUCAAAAGACAACAUUCGCCAUAAACCAGGUGGUGGAAAUGUUGAAAUCAAGAACGAGAAGUUGGAGUUCAAAGUCCAGUCUAAGGUCGGGUCUCUGGAUAACAUUGGUCACACCCCAGGAGGCGGACAGAGAAAGCGUCAGAGCAGAGAGGGCAGCGUUUCGGACAGCCCCUCCCUGCCCUCCCCCGGGCUCACCCCCCCUCUCACCCCCCAGACUGUGUCCCCCGUCCCAACCACACCUGUGCUCACCAACCCACUCAUAAAGAUUGAGGACUCCUAUUGAGAGCCACAAACUGACCUUCCGUGAGACGGCCAAGGCGCGCACUGACCACGGCGCAGAGAUCAUUUCUCUAGAGGAGUCGCCGCAGCAGCUCAGCACCAUGUCGUCCUCUGGCAGUCUCAACAUGGCCGACUCCCCACAGCUGUCCACGCUGGCUGACCAGGUGUCCGCUUCGCUGGCUAAACAGGGCUUGUGAAUGCACAUAACUAUCCACAAAGACCCCCUUCUCCAUCCCCCUUUUUCUCUCCCUCUUUCCCUCCUCCUCCUAUUCCUCCCUUCACACCACCACAAUCGCAACGUAGUCGAGUUGUGAUGCCUUCCUCGUUAAUUUCCACUGGACUUUUUAAUUUAUUAUUUCAUUUUUAAACAUUUUAGCUCAACCUACCACUGUAAACUAACUGUUCAUGAGGCAGUAUUAUUAGGCCAAGUUUUUAUUUCUAAGGUAUUUACUUGGUAGCCCACCUUUUGUAAGUUUCCCUUUAAAAUAUGCGAGCUCCUCAGAUCUAAUUCCGAUGACCAUUUAAGGCUUGUCUCCCUGUACCAUUGACAGUCAACCCCAUAGGAGUCAAGUUGUCAGCGUGCAAGUCCUCCGAUUUAUUUCAAUUUAUUCAGACAGUCAUGUUUUUGACAAGAAAAAGACAAGGUGCAUAUCAUUAUUAAGGGGUAAGGUCUGUAUUGACGCAGAAGGGGCAGUUAGAUGGUACAGAGAUGAUGGAAAGUAGUAGCAACAUUUUCUUAUAGGCAGAAAAAAUGCGCUUUCGGACCUCACUGCGAAUCUUUGUUUUGCUUUCUUUAGUCCUGAUUGAAAAGAAAUGGGAGGAAAAAAACAGUAUGGCUAGAGUGUAGGCUUGUGUUGGGCACAGUUUUAUAAUUGUACUCUGUGGAUAUAUGACAUGUAUUUGAUAUGAAGAAAACAUUUGUAUCGUGCCUGCUACUGUCAGUGUUCAUUUUUUGUUUCUGCUCUAUUUGUAAUAUAGGAGGCGAAAGCAUUGAUCAUUAACCUGUAGGCUUUUAAAAUGUAACGGCCAAAUUUUACAGUAUUCCGAGGAAGAGGAGGUUACGUGCACUAAGUAUAGGCAUUCAUAACUAUUAAUUAACCUAGUAUUUUAAAAUGUAAUCCUGGAAGAAAUGAAUGGAUUUUAGAUGGGUAAAUGUAAUGUUUGAAAGGUUGACUGGGCCAUUUUGGUGCAAAGAGGGAUUUGGGGAGCACUGCAAGUCUGAAACUGUACAGUGAAAAUUAUACUUAAUAUUAUUUAACUCACUAAAAAUGAAAGCAACUGGCUGGAUAUAAUAGAAUUACCCUUAACACUUCAAAUACUAUCUCCCUAUCGUCGAUCAUUACUCCCCCUAGUGGUCAGUCUCACUAAAGAUCUUGCAUGCUCCUCAUGUAAGAGAAUAACUGCUUGUUGCCUCCCUUCACAAAGUGGUCUCUAUGUAAUGUAUAUCCUCUUUAUAUGAACUGAACCGCAAGGAUAUACUGGUAGGUUUAAGCGUGUGUCUGUGCGUGUGUAUGGGCCAAUUCGUCAUUCAAAAGUGGUCAUAAAAGGAGUCCUUAACAUUGCUCCCUGUUACAAUGCAUAGGGUGACCACCUUAUACUGAAAAAAGAGGGAAGAUGUUGAAUGUGGUUGGGUAUAACACCAUUUUUAUCAAAGGCACAGAGAGAAUACUAGGUGCAAACAUAGCGAACAUUAAAAAAAAAACCCUAAAAUAAAUAAAUAAAUAAAUAAUAUCUCACUUCACAAUUCAUGUGUCAUCAAUAAAAAGUGGGGCAUCCUCUAAAUAACUGAGAUAAGGGACAGGGGCUGGCUGUGUUGAACAACCAAAAGCGGGACAGGUGGUCACCCUAAUAACACAUAAUGCAAAAUCUCAUUGCCAAAAUGUUAGGUUCACAGGCAGUAGGACUUUUAAGGUGUUCUUGCAACAUUAUCUGCAUGCUAAAUAAAUCUCGGUUUUUAGACCACGUUAAUUUUAGUGUGUAAGAGAUUGGGUGCUCAGACGGAGGUGGAAUGGCGCCCCCUCGAGGCGCGCAUCUGCAGUAAAGAAGAAACGUGCCAGAGCUUGUGCUUAGUCCUCUCCGUUAUUGUUUGUACCGGAGCUAAUGGAGAGGCGGUUUUUGUAGUAACAAAUUCUCAUCACCUUUUUGAUUAUUUCUGAUGCUGUACAGUUGUGGCAAUGUGAUUGUUCGUUAUUGUGCAUUUUAUCAAUAACUGGUUUAUGAUUCUUGUUGCUGUAAUAUGUGUAUUUGAAAAUAAAUGCUAUGAAGUCAA